AUGAUGUAUGACUCUGAAGAGGAGUCCGCGCCGCCGGAAUUUGAUCUAAGGACUGGUCGCUAUGUGUCACACUCACGGCCGAUGCGUACUACCACACCCAAGAUCAAUGGUCAGUCCAAGGCUCAGAUACAAGAUGGUAAGGCGACGCCCGCCAGUACCGCGUUGACAAAGCGUGCGAACGGCCAUUUGGCACAGAUUGGUGGAGUAGUAUCACCAGGUGCCGAGUUCUUGCGUGAGAAGAGGACGUGGCAAGGCUUGGGAAGCGACUACAGGGAUGAAGAGGAGAACGAGGCAGUGAACGGGAAUGCAGCGAAGAUGGAGGAAGGCAGGAGUGGGAUUGCGAGGGGGUAUGUCGUUGGUAAGGAGGAUAGGGUGCAUUAA